UCAGGCAUGCUGCUUGAUCAUUGCUAAACUCCUGACACUUUGGACCCAGCAUGAAGACGGGAAAGCAGCUAACAGGCACUCUAGCUCUGGCUGUGUUCACAGCCACUCUGGGAUCCCUACAGUUUGGAUACAGUCUUGGAGUCAUCAACGCACCCCAAAAGAUCAUUGAAAAGAGUUAUGGCCAGUCCCUGGGUGUGUGGACAGAAAGGGCUGCUGGUUCAUCAGAAAACAUCACAGAAGAAGACCCAGGUCACCACCCUUCUGUGAUCAUGUAUUGGUCAUUGUCAGUGGCAAUCUUCUCCAUCGGUGGCAUGGUAUCCUCCUUCUUGGUUGGAUUUGUGGGUGAUCUGAAAGGGAGGGUAAAAGGGAUGUUAAUGGUCAAUGUUCUGGCUGUAGCAGCUGGACUGCUGAUGGGUCUUUGUAAGAUGUGGAAGCCACACAUCAUGGUCAUCUCAGGCCGCGCUGUUAUGGGUUUCUAUUGUGGUCUGGCAUCUGGGCUAGUCCCUAUGUACAUUGGGGAAAUUGCACCAAAAGCUUACAGAGGGGCUCUGGGAGCAUUACACCAGCUUGCUGUUGUCAUUGGCAUUCUAAUCAGCCAGGUAAUAGGUUUGGAUUUUGCACUUGGUAAUGAUAAAAUGUGGCCCCUGUUGCUUGGUCUGUCUGGAGCUCCAGCAAUAUUACAAUCCCUUCUGCUGCCUCUUUGUCCUGAGAGUCCACGUUACCUUUACAUCCUAUUGGGCAAGGAGCAAGAGGCUCGACAAAGUCUGUGUCGUCUAAAGGGGCCGUAUGAUCCAACUAUGGAUCUGGAAGAGAUGAGAAGGGAAAAAGAAGAGGCAAACAAAGAGGCCAGAGUCUCUAUCUUUUCUUUGAUCUGCUCUUCUGUAUACAGAAAACAGCUGGUUGUUGCCCUCAUGAUGCACCUCUCCCAGCAGUUGUCUGGCAUCAAUGCUAUCUUUUACUACUCUACGGCUAUCUUCUCUCGAGCUGGUGUCAGUCAUCCAGUUUAUGCCACUAUAGGAGUCGGGGUCAUCAACAUGAUCUUCACUAUGGUGUCUGUGGCACUGGUGGACAGGGCUGGCAGACGCACCCUAACUCUGGUUGGUCUUGGGGGAAUGUGUUGCUGUGCUGUUGCCAUGACAGUGGGCCUCAAAUUGCAGAAUGAAUAUUCGUGGAUGAGCUACGUCAGCAUGUCAGCUAUCUUCCUCUUUGUAAGUUUCUUUGAGAUUGGGCCUGGUCCCAUUCCGUGGUUCAUAGUGGCUGAACUGUUCAGCCAGGGACCUCGACCUGCUGCUAUUGCUCUAGCUGGCUGCUGUAACUGGACCUGCAACUUCAUCAUAGGCAUGACCUUUCAGUAUAUACAGGAUUGGUUGGGUUCUUACGUGUUCAUCCUGUUUGCCGUGCUGCUUCUUGGCUUCGUACUAUUUAUUUAUUUUCGGGUGCCGGAAACCAAGGGCAAAUCCUUUGAAGAGAUUGCUGCUAUCUUCCACAAGGGACGUUGGAUCCCUACAGAUAAUAGUGAACUGCAAGAGCUUAAAUCAUCCACAAAUGCCUAAAACAAAAGCUGUUUGCUUUUGAAGUCUUAUUCUAUGAUAUACAAGUGUAUAUUCGAUAUUAUUUCCUAGAUGCUCGUUUAUCACACACUUAUCAAUUUAGUGUUAUAACGACCACCUGAUUUGUUAAAGAGAAAUUUUUUAAGGCUUGUGAACUACCUAAAAACCAACGCUGAAAUGUUGGAAAGUGUCAUGUUUCCGUUAUGCAUGGAGAAAGGUUUACAUUUUAUCAAAAUAUGAGGGAAACUUUCAAAGAAGCUACAAUCAUUUUACACUGACAACAAAUAACAUGACAUGACUGACUACAGAAAAUUACAACCCAACUCUGCAGUUCACCUCAGCUCUACGAAACUUAGUUUAUAUGUGUAGCAUCGUUAGUUUCCAGGAUACUUACUACUGUUUUGGUUCUCUUUUAUCAUCCUCAUAGUGAUAUUUACAGCCACUGCACAUUAUUAUUUUUAAGUAUAUAAACUAAAUGUAAACUACCUACUCAAGACCAAAACUGAAUAGAGACUGGCUUAUGAAUACUGACAUAUUUAGGAGCUAAAGAGCUAGAUGUCGGCAUAUGAACAAGGGGAGAGCAAAAAAUAGAGCAAAAAGGAGAAUGGAUAUUGGAUUUGAAUUCAUCCUGGGUUUCAAAUUAAUACUAAUUUUGCUCUUUGUGCUAGUGUGUAAAAUACUCAGCUUAUCAGCUUUAAUCUUCUGCCCCCAAGUGGUUAUAAAAAAUAGUGCUGGCUAUUGGCAUUAAAGCAUGAAAAAACUUAAAACUUAAUGAAUGAGCUAAUGAAACAGCACUGAAGUUAAAACUUGAAACACAAGAGACAACAAACUAUUAAAGUGUAUGACUAUGCUGUAUGAAUGUUUAGCUGCCACCACCGGAUAUUAUUGACUUACAGGAGCAUGUCACCUUUAAUCUGCAGAAUAAUGUAUGUAUAUCCAUGUAUGUGUCUUACACAAAUGAAGUUACCCAGUGAUUAUAUUAAUAGUGAGUGCAAGCCUUUGUUUACUUUGUAAAACUGAUCAGUGCUUUGAAAGCUAAUCAUGGUGUAGUCCCUGUUGUGAUGUUAAAUUACGUGAAUUUGAAAGAACAUUUAUUUAUACUCAGUUUAGAUUGAAGUGACGUAUUAGAUGUGAUUUUAAAGACUGAUAAAGAUUUAUAAUAUAAUUAUUAUUAUUAAUUUCUGCAUCAUCUUACAAAGUGCACCUGUAAAAAAAAAAAAAAAAAAAGAAAAACGGAAAAAUGGAGGAACUUUGUGUGUUUACAGUAUGUAGCAACACACAAAAAAGACCAUUCACUUUGGAAAUUCCAUGCAAAGAGUCAAGGAGUUCAGAGAACAGAUGGUUGGAGAUGGGUGUUUAACUGAUAAUAGAAGAAAUUUACUUUGCUUUCAGACACAUCUGCUUACCCUGAAACACAAUCUGUUUUACGCAGCCCCCAGCAACACCCAGGGAAUAAUUCAAGACCAAUUUGCAGUUGUCAGUGUCAUCACUUCACUGUAUAAGCACCACUGUUGUGUUGUAAAUUAAAAUCAUCAUGGGUUAAUGCACACAUGGAAACACAGGAUGGUGCUUUCUCUAUCUAUGUUUAUCUUUAACCACAACAAUAACAACCUUUGCCCUAGAGAAAUAUAUAUAAAUUUUAAUGUUCACAUUACAAGUUAACAGGCCAUAUAUGUUAUGCUUUUAAGAAAAUAUAUUGUCUGAUUUUCUUUGUACAAGAAAAAAUAAAAGAAGUAUUUUAAAUCACAA